AGGCAUUUUAACUCAGACUGAAUUACCCCACCAGCUUUCUUGAUUUUCCAGCUUGCAGGUGGCAGAUAAUGAGACUUCUCAGCCUCCAUAAUCAUAUGAACAAGCAAAGACCCCACAAGGCUAAUUUUCAGAGCUAGUAAAUGAGAGAAGAGAACACAAGGAAAAUGAAGAAAGACAAAAUAUUAGCAUCUCUGACAUUUACAGAACAGAUGGGAGAGAAGAACCUGGAGGAAAGCUGUAAAGGGUACAUCAGAGAGUGCCUAUCUUGAGGGUUGGAACAUACGUAGUGGAUAUUCUAUUGUAUUUGCUGAGAGAUUGAUGGAAUCAAUGAUAAAUGAGAAACAAAGGUCAUAAUGUGUCCGGAAUUGGUGGGUUCUUGGUCUCACUGACUUCAAGAAUGAAGCCACGCCCCUCGCGGUGAGUGUUACAGCUCUUAAGAUGGCGCGUCUGGAAUUUGUUCCUUCUGAUGUUAAGAUGUUUUCGGAGUUUCUUCCUUCUGGUGGGUUCGUGGUCUCGCUGGCUCAGGAGUGAAGCUGCAGACCUUCGCGGUGAGUGUUACAGCUCUUAAAGCGGCGCCUCUGGAAUUGUUUGUUCCUCCAGGUGGGCUCGUGGUCUCGCUGGCUUCAGGAGUGAAGCCGCAGACCUUCGCUGUGAGUGUUACAGCUCUUAAGGCGGCGCCUCUGGAGUUGUUUGUUCCUCCAGGUGGGCUCGUGGUCUCGCUGGCUUCAGGAGUGAAGCUGCAGACCUUCGCGGUGAGUGUUACAGCUCAUAAAAGCAGUGUGGACCCAAAGAAUGAGAAGUAGCAAGAUUUAUUGCAAAGAGCGAAAGAACAAAGCUUCCACAGUGUAGAAGGGGACCUGAGCGGGUUGCAACUGCUGGCUCCGGCAGCCUGCUUUUAUUCUCUUAUCUGGCCCCCAUCCACAUCUUGCUGAUUGGUAGAGCCCAGUGGUCUGUUUUGACAGGGCGCUGAUUGGUGUGUUUACAAUCCCUGAGCUAGACACAAAGGUUCUCCCCUUCCCCACCAGAUUAGCUAGAUACAGAGUGUAGACACAAAGGUUCUCCAAGGCCCCACCAGAGUAGCUAGAUACAGAGUGUCGAUUGGUGCAUUCACAAACCCUGAGCUGAUUGGUGUGUUUACAAACCUUGAGCUACAUACAGAGUGCCCACUGGUGAAUUUACAAUCCCUGAGCUAGACAUAAAGGUUCUCUACGUCCCCACCAGACUCAGGAGCCCAGCUGGCUUCACCCAGUGGAUCCCGCACCGGGGCUGCCAGUGGAGCUGCCUGCCAGUCCCGUGCCCUGCGCCCGCGCAAUUCAGCCCUUGGGUGGUUGAUGGGACUGGGCACCGUGGAGCAGGGGGCGGCGAUCAUCGGGGAGGCUCGGGCCGCACAGGAGCCCACCGAGGGGAUGGGAGGCUCAGGCAUGGCGGGCUGCAGGUCCCAAGCCCUGCCCCGCGGGAAGGCAGCUAAGGACCAGCAUGAAAUCGAGCACAGCGCCGGUGGGCUGGCACUGCUGGGGGACCCAGUACACCCUCCGCAGCCGCUGGCCUGGGUGCUAAGCCCCUCAUUGCCCGGGGCCGGCAGGGCCGGCCGGCUGCUCCUAGUGCGGGGCCGGCCAAGCCCACGCCCACCCGGAACUCCAGCUGGCCAGCAAGCGCCGCACGCAGCCCGCGUUCCUGCUCACGCCUCUCCCUCCACACCUCCCUGCAAGCUGAGGGAGCCGGCUCCGGCCUUGGCCAGCCCAGAAAGGGGCUCCCACAGUGCAGUGGUGGGCUGAAGGACUCCUCAAGUGCCGCCAAAGUGGGAGCCCAGGCAGAGGAGGCGCCCAGAGCGAGUGAGGGCUCUGAGGACUGCCAGCACGCUGUCACCUCUCAAUAAUACAAAACUCCUUCACUUGCUUCAUUUCCAUAGGGAUAUGACAAUAGUUUUAAAUCUUAUUUUAAAUCACAACGAAAAAUCUUUGGACUUCAGUUUUUCAUUACUUCAAAAAUUAUGUAUUCAAUAAAUAUUUGCGGGCCAAGCAUGGCGGCUCACACAUAGAAUCCCAGCACUUCGGAAGGCUGAGGCAGGAGUGUUGCUUGAGAUUAGUAAUUCAAGAUCAGCCUGGGCAACAUAGACAGAAUUCAUCUG